AUGUCUGCUGCCAUAGCUUCCCUCGUUUCGUACGGUAGCGAUUCUGAUUCAGAAAAUGAGUCGGAAUCUAAUACCAGUGCCGAGAAAGCGGACCCAGUGGACCCGGACGCAACAGCCCACCUUAAACCCUGUCAUACGACGACUUUGGCUGUUCUCAAUUCUGCUCCCGAGGUCGCCGUUAAGGAGGCUGUUGAGACUGGCACACACCUGGACCCCUCAUUGAAGGAAGUCACUUAUAACCCGACAUAUGAAACUAUGUUUGCGCCAGAGUUUGGGCCAGUGAACCCAUUUAAAAGCCAGCAGAUGGCUGCCCCCAGGAACAUGUUGUCCGGCUAUGCAGAACCGGCUCAUCUCAACGACUUUAUGUUUGAACAGCAAAGGAGGACCUUCUCUACCUUUGGUUAUGCUUUAGAUCCAUCUGUUGAUACACACCAGGUGUCCACUAGUAGCUAUAUUGGUGCAGUGGAUGAGGCUGAGAAAAAUAAAGGGCUAACUGUGUUUGAGAGUGGACAUAAGAAGUCAGAGAAGAGGAAAAAGGUCAAAGGUGGAAAUGCAGAAGAGAUUGACAACUUCCUUGGACCAUGGGCAAAAUAUGCAGAUGAGAAAGAUGUGGCCAAACCAUCAGAGGAAGAGCAGAAGGAGCUGGAUGAGAUCACAGCCAAGAGACAGAAGAAGGGAAGGAAUGAGGAAGACGCUCCGGCAGAAGAGAAGACCAUUCUCCAUGUUAAAGACAUGUAUGAUUACCAGGGCAGGUCCUAUCUCCACGUCCCGCAGGAUGUGGGCAUCAACCUGCGAUCUGCGGAUGCUCCAGACAAGUGUUACCUGCCUAAGAAACAGAUUCAUGUCUGGUCUGGACACACCAAGGGCGUCAGUGCUAUUCGACUGUUCCCUAACUCUGGUCAUCUGCUGCUCUCCUGCUCCAUGGACUGUAAGAUCAAGCUAUGGGAAGUGUACAGCGAGAGGAGAUGUAUCAGGACAUUCAUUGGUCAUAGCAAAGCUGUGCGAGACAUUUGCUUCAACAACACUGGGACCCAGUUCCUCAGCGCUGCGUAUGACCGCUACCUCAAACUCUGGGACUCUGAGACAGGCCAGUGUAUCUCCCGCUUCACCAACAGGAAGGUACCUUACUGCGUCAAGUUCAACCCUGACGAGGACAAACAGAGCCUUUUUGUGGCCGGGAUGUCAGAUAAGAAGAUUGUUCAGUGGGACAUCAGGACAGGUGAGGUGGUUCAGGAGUACGACCGUCACCUGGGAGCUGUCAACACCAUCACCUUUGUUGAUGAGAAUCGUCGCUUUGUCAGCACGUCGGACGAUAAGAGUCUUCGAGUGUGGGAGUGGGACAUCCCUGUGGACUUCAAGUACAUCGCUGAGCCCAGCAUGCACUCCAUGCCAGCUGUGACACUCUCUCCCAACGGUAAAUGGCUAGCAUGCCAGUCUAUGGACAACCAGAUACUGAUCUUUGGAGCCCAAAACCGCUUCAGACUGAACAAGAAGAAAGUCUUCAAAGGCCACAUGGUGGCUGGCUAUGCCUGCCAAGUGGACUUCUCCCCAGACAUGAGCUAUGUGGUGUCAGGAGAUGCGGAUGGGAAGCUGAACAUCUGGGACUGGAAGACCACCAAGCUUUACCACAGGAUCAAGGCUCACGACAAGGUGUGCAUAAGCGCCCUGUGGCAUCCGCAUGAAACCUCCAAGGUCAUCACCUGCGGAUGGGAUGGACAAAUCAAACUCUGGGACUAGAGCUACCUUGGUGUGUUUGGGGAGGGGGGUUCUGGGAAAUGGACAGAACUGAUGUGGUUCAUCAAAGAGUGUAGCCACGGGGCUGGUAUCCAGUCUUAUUGUAAAAGUGUAUUUUUGUAUCCUGUCGUGAGAGCUCAAAAUAUGCACUCAUGUAUUAUCUGUACAAACACAAGCAGACUUUAAAAAAUUGUUUCUACUGCAAAAAAUGCAUAUCACAGGGGUACCUUUUUUUUAAAUACGUGUUUUUUUUUGUUUUAACUUUCAGUGUCCUGUGUAUACCAAUGUUGUUCUUGCUAAAAGUUCAUUUUCAAUUGUGCGACCAUCCCUUUGUGGAAAUAAACAUUCUGUAAAUUUGACGGCUUAAGAAAAUGAAGCAUUGUUUCCUUGGAAGAAAUGUUUUUAUUCGACACGAAAUCACGAGGAGCAGACAAUCCUUUGUUUCCGCUCCUUAUUAAACCGCAUCAAAAGAUUUGGCAAAUGACAUUCAUCGGGUAAUUUUUGAAUGUGGAUUAUGUUUUUUUAAGUUUGUUGAUGAAGUUCUGGUGCAGCGGAGAUAAUGGAGUAGAGCCAAUUGAACACCAGAGACAGACUGAAGGAGAAAAAGAAGUGAGUUAUACAAAAAUGCUUCUUUGUGUGGAUCUCGAUUGUUGUUUUCUAUUAUAACCCAGGAAACUUUUUGUGUUUUAUUUUUUCUCACGCACUCUCCCACACACC